CAGACUGAAAAAUGUGCGAUAUAAAUACUGGAGCAUUUUCUCAUUGUUUGUCAAUCAUAAACUUGAAGUCUUGUUGGAAUCAUAAGAAUUCAUAAAGUCAGACUUAACUUAAUAAAAGUGAAAAAAUUCAAAGUAAAAUUCAAAAUUAGUGAUUUUUAAAUUAGUGAAAUUUCCAUAAGCCCAAUCAUGAUCGAACUUACUUUCAUCAUAUCAGCCUUAUUUGCUGUAAUUUUUUAUUUCUUUGUACGUUAUCGCCAAACUUACUGGAAACGCCAGAAAAUUCCAUACGUUAAACCAAAAUUCUUCUUCGGAAAUACAAAGGAAGUUGAUACAGAAAUUCAUCAUACAGUUUUUUGGAGAAAUAUUUAUCAAGAGUUGAAGCCACAGGGUCCAGUAGGUGGAUUUUACAAUUAUUUAGAUCCAGUUGCCAUCAUCACGGACCUUGACUUGCUGAAACAAAUUAUGAUUAAGGAUUUUACUUAUUUCACUGAUCGAGGUAAUUACCACAAUAUUACACAGGAUCCAGUCAGUGGUCACUUGAUUAAUUUAGAAGGUGAAGAUUGGAAGUUUAUGCGAAGCAAGCUUUCACCAGGAUUCAGCACAGGAAAACUAAAGUUAAUGCUUCCAAUUAUCGAUCGUCAAAUUGAGAUUUUAAUAAAUGUUAUGGAAAAUAAAAUGAACUCGACUGGACAAUUUGAAGUUCGGGACAUAAUGGCUAGAUAUUUAAGUGACAUUCUUGGAAUCACCGCAUUUGGAAUCGAAUGCAAUUCAUUGACUGAUGAAGACUCUGAAUUUCACAAAAUGGCAAUUCAUUCAUUAGCUACGACAAGAUACAAGAAAAAAACCUUACUUGAAAGCAAUAGAAGCUUAUGUCAAAAACUUGGCAUCAUAAACACAGAAAAGACAUCUUUAAAAUUCUACAGCGAUGUUGUUGAUGGAAUCUUACAUUACCGAAGGACUAGCAACGUUGAAAGAAACGACAUCUUAGGUCUCAUGCUCAACUCAAAAGACACAUCACGAGUAAUUACUAGAGAUGAAAUUUUAGCUCAAGCUGCAGUAUUUUUGGUUGGUGGACAUGAGACUCAGUUGGCAGCUUUAAGCUACACACUUUAUGAACUUGCUAUACAUAAAGAUUAUCAACAACGAGCCAGAGAUGAAGUUGAAGAAGUUUUUAACAAAAAUAAUGGAAAAUUGACAUAUGAGGCACUGGGAGAGAUGAAAUAUGUUGAGCAAUGUAUCAAUGAGGGCUUACGCAAAUAUUUUAUCUCAUUCAGUGCUAAACGUGAAACACGAAAGGACUACAAAAUUCCAAAUACGGAUAUGGUGUUGAAAAAAGGUACUCUUUUUCAAGUUCCAAUAUAUGCCAUCCACAAUGAUCCAGAUUAUUAUCCAAAUCCUGACGUUUACAAUCCAGACAGAUUCUCACCAGAAGAGACAGCAAAACGUCAUAGCUUUUCCUUUAUUCCAUUUGGCGAAGGUCCACGCACAUGCAUUGGCAAGCGUUUUGCUCAAACUGUGACAAAAUCAACAAUUGCAAAAAUUUUGUACAACUUUGAGCUCAGUGUAGACCGUACAAAGACAUCUAUACCAUUAAAAAUUAAUCCUGAAAUUUUAUUUGUGACUCCAAUGGAUGGAAUUUAUGUGAAUCUGAAGAAAUUGGAGCGUUAAGACUGAGCCUGAAUAGAUAAUAUUAUAAAUUUAUUUUAAAAUUGAAAUAAUCAAUUAAUAAUUUUAAUAUGAAGUUUGUGAAAUUUUAAAAAAUAUGUAAUACUAGGUGUGUAAAUAAUUUUGAAUUUAAUAUAUUCAUUUAUGCUUAUAAUUAAAUAAAUUUUGUACAAGUAAGAA